AUGAUUAGGGUUCUAACUAGUGACAUUCUCUUGUUUCUUGCACUAGCGUUAGCUACCAAUCACACUUGCCUUGGUUUCUGUAUCACACAGAGGUACGAUGUGCACAUUAUUAAUAACUUGAGCAACAACAAUUUUCUAGGUCUCCACUGCUGGUCUGGUGAUGAUGAUCUGGGUACCCAUGAACUUUCUCCCUCUGAUGAAUUUCACUUUCAUUUUUGCACCAAUGUCUUUGGAAGUACACGUUUCUGGUGCGAUUUUAAUUGGAACCGUAAUCAGUAUGGGGGCAGGUUUGAAGUUUUCUGGGACUGGCCAGAAUUAAGUGAAAUGUGCAAUUCUGAAAGCUGUGUCUGGUCUGCUCGAGAUGAUGGUUUAUACUUACUGGAUGCUGCAGGACAGAAAUUUGUUAAAGAAUAUAUAUGGGAAGUCGCCGGGCAUCAGCAACAGAAAGUGUCCUACUAA